CAGGAACCUCCCUUUGACAGCCCAUCACGUAAUUGCACCAAGACUGUGCCAUGUCAUGAAGCCAAAACGGGCGAUAUUACGUCCUCCAUCUUCCCUUCCUCCAGCUUUCUCGUCGUCCUUCUCAAAGAAAUGUCGGCAACCACCAAGGACCUGAACCUUACGGCGUUCUCGCUCAUCGCGCAAUUUCUACAGCAAAGAAAUCUGACAACUACGCUGGAAUGUUUAGAGACGGAAGCACACGAAGCGUUCGAAGAGCUCGCUUCUCAUAAAUACGCAAUUGAACACAAACCACUUCUAGCCAUCCUCGAGGAAUACCAACUACUUUCAGUCCAGGGACAGUUGGAGCAACUGAGCGUUGAGAGGGAAGCAGACGAUGAACUUUCUACCCUCGGUGCUGGCCGCUUUCCAGUGGAGCCGAGUCGUGAUUUGGAGGGAAUCCACUUUGCAAACAUCUUGACAGUCAUCUCACGCACUCUUCCGUCAGACCUGUUUCCUGCCGCAUCCCUUCCAAAAGAGACGGUUAUGGCUCUAGUGACAGGAUCCACUGACAAAACCGUACGUAUCUCGGAUGGUGAUACAGGAGCUGUGAUAAGUGUCUUGGAUCAUCAAAAAGCGGCAGUGCUCGCUAGCGACUUCUACCCCCUCAAUCCGGCAUAUCUGCUGACUGCUGGUAUGGAUGGGGCACAUCAUAUUGUAGAUAUCCGGACGGGCCAAUCAGUGCAAUCUUGGAAAGAUCACUCUAAAUACGUGGUGCGAGCUCAAUUUUCCCGAUGUGAUGGGGGUAAAUGGUUGGUGACGGCGUCCUACGAUCGUACUGUCAACCUUUACCGCAGAACAAGCAACGACGAUGAGACACCGCGGUACGAGAAGUUGCAUUCUAUUGCGUUUCGUGGCGCGGUCGAGUCCAUAUGCUUUCUACCUCCGCCGGUGACUGCGGGUGAACCUGCCACCCCGACUUUGGUCGUGGGUUCGCGAGACGACAACUAUCUACACUACAUCGACUUGGACCCUUCUCGCGCAUUUCCCGACAGACAACACAACAUGAAUGCGAAUGGCGACGACUGGAUCUCGUUUACGCCCAUGGACAUUGCUCCAUCUCCUUCGGGGCGUCAUAUUGCCGUUUACACCGACUCAAAGGCAGGGAGACUGAUUAUUUUCCGAAGUCGAUCAACUGUACAGGCACGCAACCUUUGGGGCACCGUAGCAGAUGGCUUCUCACAACCUCGUUGUUGCUGGGAUAGCUCUGGCCGGUAUCUCUUUGCCACUAGCGAUGACCGGAAAAUCUGUGUAUUUGAUGUUGUGUCCGGUCAAAUCAUGAGAAAGCUCGAAGGCCAUACAGACGUGAUUAGAGGCAUUUCAUUUGAUGCCGAUGCAGAGCGGCUAAUAUCAUGUUCUUUUGAUAAAACGGUGCGGGUUUGGGAUACGAGAUUGGGGGAAAGGGUAGCGUAACGACAUAGCUAAAGAGAUAGCCUAUCUGUCUGCAUUACAAUCUAGACGACUAGGGUGAUGUGGCGGCGCAGUCUUUUUUUGCGGUGCCAGAGAGCUUUCGGCACGCUCUUCCCUAAAGCCCGCAUGUCUCACAUUGAUGGAUAACCAUCAGAUGGGAUUGUAAAAUGACGUUUGAGAUGUAAUCAUUGUCGCCUCUUCUUGGCGGCCGCCCGGGCAGCUUCAUCCUCAUCUUCGUACACUUGCUCAGCAUAUAUUGCUUUCGGUUGAUUCUUUUGGUAAGCAGGGGCAAUCCAAUAUGGAUUUUCUGGAAUGCAGACAGACAAUCGUAUGACGAGGAAUUCGCGCGAAGCUAAAUACCAUUAGGGAGAUACUUA